AUGGGCGACCUAGCAUUCACCAAGAUGGAUGAAGUCUAUGCUCCGCGGGAUGUCCACUCGAUGACGGUGGCCGAAAUGUUCGCGGUCGACGCGGGGCGAGUCAUCGGGCAAUUUUCCACCUUCCCUGCCUCGUUUGGCUGCUCAUUUGGUGUCCAUCUCAUUGGCAGCUUCGCGCCACCUGUUCGACGGAAUGGCAGAGAGGCUCUGCAGCAAGAAAGCGGCUGUGGCUGCUGGCGAGGACCGCUUAAGCACGCUGCCGGAAGAUGUGAUCCAUCUCGUGCUGUCGCUCCUGCCCUCGUGUCAAGCCGUGCGGACGUGCGUGCUCGCCACCCGCUGGCGCACCCUCUGGAAGUCCGUGCCGUCUCUUCGCGUGAUCGCGUCGAUGCCGAUGAUGAGGCCUACCGGUGUUGCCAGGACCUGAAGCGUUUCAUCGAUAGCUUUCUUCGCUGCCGUGACCCAACACCUCUGCACGAAUGUGAGAUCCUUUUUGACGAUGAUCGGCGCUCGGAGGAGUUUCACCAAGACUUUGAGCUGUGGCUCCGUUAUGCCGUGCCUCACAAAGUGAGGGUUCUCCGAUUUGAAAUCCUAGCUGGUCAUGAUCCGUUGCAGCUAUCUGCCGGGGCUCUCAUCUCGGAGCAUUUGACAACAUUAAUUCUUUGUUGCGUCGAGUUUGAGGAUUUCUCUCUGGAUGUUUCCGGCUGUCAGUCACUUGAGGUGCUGGAGAUGCACGAGUGUGUAAUCAACAUCGGGACUGCCUUACCGAAAUCCUUAAAGCAUCUGACAAUCAGAGAUACAAGUUUUGGCUCUCAGGAUUCCCCCUGUCUUACUUCUGCGCCAGGUCUGGUUACCUUGGAAGUUGCUGACUGUCAUGGUUGGACCCCGUUGUUUAAGAGCUUGCCAUCACUAGUUGCGGCAUUUAUAAACACCGAAUAUGUCUUGAAGGGUUCUUCCGGAAAUAGUUUCAAUGGGUACUGUGGUCAUGAGCAAUGUGUGGUGUGCCAUGGUAUAGCUGAUUUUGUGUUUCUUGAAGGUUUGUCGGGCGCUACGAAUUUAGAGUUGACAGCUGAAUACUUUAUGAUUUUCAGAACAGAUAUAGAAUGGUGCCCUAUGUUUAGCAGGCUAAAAACAUUGUUGCUCAGUGACUGGUGUAUGGCUCAGUACUUCCAUGGACUAGUUUUCUUUCUCAAGCACUCACCGAUUCUAGAGAGGCUUACCCUUGAACACUGUACUUUAUCUAAGGUAUGAAUUUUUUUCUUCUUCUUCUUCUUCUAUGUAUGAUAGAUGCUUUGUCUUUGAAAUUGCCACGUACUGCUGGUUCAUUUCAGUCAACUAUUUUGUUUGCAACAGCAA